AUGAGCGGGACAAGCCUGACAUCCGCUACGGCGUUUUCGCCGUCGCUAGAGGCCAUUAAAUUAGCCGCUAGCAUGUACAAUGCUGCCCGCGAAGGCAAUAAGAGUGUCCUUGAGGAGGCUAUUCUGGACGGGCUACCGCCCAACCUGACGAACGAGAAAGGAGACACCUUGCUGAUGCUGGCGGCGUACUACGGCCACGCUGACCUAGUCAAGCUCCUGAUACAACAUGGAGCCGAUCCUAACAGAUUGAAUGACAAGCGCCAGAGUCCUCUUGCAGGCGCUGUCUUCAAGCGUUUAGAUUCUGUUGUUGAGGCAAAAGGCGGUGCUGAUCCAGAGUAUGGCACGCCCUCGGCGAUUCAGUGUCUUUCCAUGUUCAAGCAGGAGGGUAAGUGGGCUGACAAGUUUGAGGCGGCGCCCGGAAGGGGAAAGGCGAAGGCUGCGCCUCAGGAUACGAGCGAGGAGAGGGCCCCUGAGAAGUUCAGAGCAUGA